GUCGGCCCCCCGAAAGUGACAGUGCGCAGUGAUAUUCAUUCCUGCAAUAGCUAUUACUGUGCGACAAUGAAUUUCCUCGUCACGAUCCGCUACUUGCUCAUCAAGAUGUCGUGAAUACACCACUGGCACGCGCAUCUUGGCGCAUUAAUGUCUGGGAUUCUCGUUCAUUGCUCUGGAUUCUGCUCUGGCCUUUCAGAUUUUGCACAACGAUCUCCGUCCCAGUCACCAUCCCACUUUCAUUCAUGUCGAUUGUUCCGAGUCGUUGGUUCUGUGACGACGAGCUCUGCCGAUUGUAGUGCCCGAAGGAUCUCGCAUCUACAUGCAUUGUGUAUUUCAGCUGUUAUCUUUUGCACUUGCCUCAUUGCGGAGCCUGGGGCCUCUCUGCAAUAUCUAUUUGGUGAAUUGGUUCUGGGGUUGGACUUCGACCACUCAAAUGUCCGUCUGGGUAACGUUCAUAUCCUUUGUUCAUGUUACUUUGUCUAUGGUACUAUAAAUAUUAUGAUUUCGUACGGCAUGCUGUAAAUACUUAAGUAACAUAUGAAUGGACAACAGUGGGACAGCGUGGUGUGUCGCAUCUUAAUAUCUUCACCGUGGCUGAGAUGACCCUGGAGUCCGGAGAAGAUGUUCCAUCGCAAGUUUCUGGCCUCCUGAUAAAAUAGCGAGACAAGACUGUAGAUCCUUCAAACUCCACUGCCUUUUGAGCCAGGAGAGGAGAUUAUGAUUCCAGAAGGAUUUGAAUAGAUGGGCGAGCUUCCCAUCCCAUGGAUUUGGAGCUCACAAGAGAUGGUUAGCCCAGUUUUGACAUGCAUAAUUGAGGGCAUCAGAGGCUGAUUGACUGCGUGUGCAUGCUUCGUAUGUGAAAGUUGAAAAAGCUUUCAUAGCAUGGAUGAUCUCCAUGUCUGGUGGGUAACUUUGUGAUAAUGCAGAGGUGGAAUGAUCCUGGUGCCUUAAUGCCAGG